AUGCUCGAAGAGUCCGGUUCCAAGUUGACAGCACCCAAUACCCACGGUAGUAUUCCGCUUCUCAAAGUAGAUCUCUUUGAUCAAGAUAUUGAAGUUUCCGAACAAAAAUCCGUCCAGGAUGCUCCGCUCGCCAUGACCAAAGAAGCUAACGCCGAGAAGUCCCCCACCGUCCAGAGCAAUCAGAAUGAAACCUGCCUCCUCACAGAUUCACUCUGGGAUAGUGCCGCGUUCUGCAGGGCCCUCGAUCAGACUAUCGUCUCUACUGCCCUCCCCAAGCUCGCUAGUCAAUUCAAUGCGCUUGACGAACUCACUUGGGUCGUCUCUGCCUAUUUCCUAACGCAAGCUAGCCUUAUGCUCACACUUGGCCAAAUCCUCACUAUCACCCCGUCAAAGUGGGUAUACAUUAUCUGCAUCAUUCUCUUCGAGAUCGGCUCGCUCAUAUGUGGUAUCGCACCUUCUAUGAAUGUCCUUAUAUUUGGUCGAGCUUUCCAAGGCAUUGGCUCAUCUGGGAUAUUUGUUUCCAUUCUUACCAUCCUCUCCCAAAUCACCAAGCUCGAGCAACGCCCUCUCCUAUUCGGCUCAUUUUCCGGUGUUUGGGCAGUCGCUUCUGUUAUUGGGCCUCUUUUUGGGGGCACAUUCACAGACAAGGUGACUUGGAGAUGGUGUUUUUAUAUCAACCUCCCUUUCGGUGCCGUCUCCGUUGCUGCAGCCAUCUUUUUCAUUCCCUCAAACGCAUCUACUGGAUCGAGAUUAUACAAUGACAUGACAUCAAUCCAGAAGUGGCUCGCUAUGGACUGGAUUGGUGCCAUCAUUUCCAUAGGCAUGAUCACCGCACUCUUGAUUAUAUUUUUGGGAUGGGAAUCCUUCAAGGGAGAACGUGCCAUGUUGCCCCUUUUCUUGUUCAAGCGUAGAACAUUGGCCGGAGCCUCCAAAGGUCGCACAGCUGCACAAUCCGGCAUCGAUAUUAUACCUUUCAUGCUCUCUGUUGUCAUAACCAGUUUUGGAUCGGGAGCGUUCGUCAAUAUUACUGGCCAUUACUGGAGCUUGAUGGUAUUGGGCCCACUCAUUGAGGCAGUCGGAGCGGGAUUGUUGUUUACAAUCGAUGAGCACACAAUCAAGCAAGUCUUUAUCCUUUCGAUCGAUUCAAUACUAAGCAUCGUUUAUAGGAUUGCAAUAGCCGGUACAGUAUUCAACAACCAACUAUCCAAGACGAUAGCUCAAUACGCUAGUUCUCUCCCUCCCGAAAUGGUGAGGGCCGUGAAGCAAUCAGUCACCGUCAUCUUUUCACUGCCUCCAGAGCUACAAGGCCAAGUG